CGAUAACUGAUACGACGAUUCAGAUAAUUUGAAUUUUUGUUAUUUUAAAUUUUGUAAAUGAAAUUGUAGUUUUUAUAAUUUUUUGGAUUUUUACCGACUGAUUUUUUCAUCGUUCAGAGGUUAAAAUUUUCAAAUAACGAGAACUGGCCUAUAUGUAUAUGUAACACUGACAUGGCUGACAUCCAAUGGCCAUGGCAAUACAGUUUCCCACCGUUCUUCACGAUCCAGCCAAAUGUGGAGACGAGACGGAAGCAGUUAGACGCUUGGAGGACAUUGGUGUUGGAUUACUGUCGCACGCAGAAAGUGUCCGUUAUCGAUGUGCGUGAAGGAGACCUAUUGCCGGUCUUCAACAAUACUGCUAUAUCCAGAAAACUGUCACCCGAAGCGAUAAUGACGGUUUUAGGAGUUUUACAGAAGACGGGAAAUGCCGAACCGCUUGACAAGACUAGAACAAGGUGGAACAUUUAUUGGCACACAUUAGACGAAUGGGCGUCAAUAGUGUACAAAUGGGCUCAGGACAACGCUAUGCUCAACACGGUGUGUACGUUCUACGAGAUAGCCAGCGACAGUGGCGAUUUGAAUGGUAUUGACGAUGCCGUACUGACCAAAGCGUUGAAGGUGUUGGAGCGACGUCAACAAGCCGAAAUACUUACGCUGGAAGGAGGAUCGGGUGUGAAAUUUUUCUCGUAGACGCGGAACUCCUGUACCAGCUACGAGGAGCUACUAUGAAGCUCGUAUAUACCUAAAAAAUAUGACCUGUGCAAGGGUAUUAUAUGCAUAACGUAUGAGGUGAAACAUAUUUGUGCUAUAUAGAAAUACUAUUAAAAUAUGUAUGAUAUUAAUAAGAUAAAAGACUAUAGCGUAUAA